AUGACACAAAAUAAUGCUGGUGGAUCAGUUAAAGAUGCAGCCGAUCAGAAUUUUGAUUAUAUGUUUAAAUUACUUAUUAUUGGAAAUUCAUCUGUAGGAAAGACAUCAUUUCUUUUUCGAUAUGCCGAUGAUUCGUAUACAUCUGCCUUUGUUAGUACAGUUGGUAUUGAUUUUAAGGUUAAAACUGUAUUUCGUCAUGAUAAACGUGUUAAAUUACAAAUAUGGGAUACAGCUGGUCAAGAACGUUAUCGAACAAUAACAACUGCAUAUUAUCGUGGUGCAAUGGGUUUCAUUCUAAUGUAUGAUAUAACAAAUGAAGAGUCAUUUAAUGCUGUACAAGAUUGGGUUCUGCAGAUAAAGACACAUUCAUGGGAAAAAACCCCGGUUAUAUUGAUUGGGAAUAAAUGUGAUAUGGCAAAUGAGAGAGUUGUUCAUUUGGAAGAAGGAAAAAAACUUGCCGAUGCACUCGGUUUGGAAUUUUUUGAAACUUCAGCAAAAGAAAAUAUCAAUGUUAAAUCUGUAUUUGAAAGAUUGGUUGAUAUUAUUUUAGAAAAAAUGUCUGAUGCAAGUGAUGAUUCAAGUGGUACUGGUCAAGGAAAUACUGUUUACGGUAAUCAACCAGGUGCAUAUAAUAAAGGAACUACAAGACUUACCGCUAAUGAUCAACAAACUAAAGGCAAUCAAUGUCAAUGUUAG